AUGAAAUAUUAUUAUCAAUUUAAAGCUAUCAUAUCAGGAUCAAAAGCAGUCGGUAAAAAAACUAUACUUAAAUAAUUGGACUCUUAAACUGAUCUCAAAAUUGUUUAAUUACAUGAUAAAAUGUAAGAAACACUCUUCAUCUAUGAAUUUUAAAAAGAAGAAUCCUAUAUUCCAGAUGCUCUUUGCUUUUUAAUUGUGUGUGAUUAAUCAUCAUAAUCUAUUCAAUAUGCUAAAUCCAAGUAUAUUUUAUAUUAUCUAUCACUUAUAUAGAAUUCAAAUAAUACUUAAAUAACUUAAUCGUUCUUAUUAAUUUCUUGUUCUUAUCAACAAUUAAAUACAUUCCUAAUUAAUCCUUUAAGAUGAAUUAGAAGAUUAUUGUACAUAAAAUCAAAUCAAUUUCAUUAACAUUAAUGCUAAAUUUGGAACCAAUAUCAUACUACUCCAAAAUCUUCUUAGAAUCAAAGCUCAAUUAAUAAUGAAAAAGUGUUAAAUCUUACCAUUUCCUUUAGAAUCUAAUAGAGAAUAAUAGUUUGAAACAAUCAAUCAUCAAAUUAAAUAAACCACUCCUGAUAGACCUUUACCAUAAACACCUUAAUCAUCUGGAAAUAAAGAAAAUUAAUCAGAUUAUAAAAGCAUCAAUAGUGAAACUGUUGAAAGCUAAAGAGCAUUUGAAUUAAUCUAAGAUAAAUCAAAUUAACAUAAUGAUACCAUCAAUAUUCUAACUUAAAGUACAUCAUAUUAGAAUUCCUAAAUACAAAAUUCAUAAAUUUUGCCAAGUACUAAAAGAGCAUAUCUUGAUUUAAAUAGUAGUUGUAGAUUAAGAUCACCAUCACCUAUUUCCAAAAAAUUAAUAUGUUUAGAAAUUGCAUUCAAUAAGUAUUUUAAAUAUAAUUAUAAUAGUUAAAUAUUCAAAGUUGAUAUUUAUUAUGAUGAUUCUUAUCCAUUAAUAAUAGAAAGAAUUUGUUCCACUAUGUAAAAGAAAGUUAAAUCAACAAUCAAAAAAUCAUUAAUGCUCCUCAUUGAAUCUCAAAUCAAUUCUUUUAUACAAAAAUUGACUCAAUCAUUACAAGAUAAGGGAUGCAAAAGUAUUUAUUAUCAAAUUUAAUAUAGAUUUGAGAAUUAAAGAAUGUUAUGAGAGAUUUAUUUCUAUACAUAAUCAAUAAAUAAUUAAAUAGAAACCUAAUGUUGGAACAUUAAUCCUUUUAAUAUAGUUAUAGAUUAUUAAAAUUCAAGUUCAUGAAAAUGAUGAUCCUUAUGAUUUGGCUUUUAAUUCCAUAGUUUAAUACAAAUUAAAAAAGAGUAGCAUAAGUGCUUUAGUUUAAAAGAUAAAAUUGUUAUAAAAUUAAAAGAAUAUAUUAAUUUUAGGAUUUUUUGAUAUAACUUCAUAAGAAUUUAUUGUUUAUCAAGGAGAAAGUAUUUAGAAGUAAUAUAUUAAUGUUAUUUUAUAUUAGAAAGUUAUUUCAAUUUUUUGUGUAAUUUAAAUUAGACUAUGAAUAUUAUAAGGUUCUCUAAUAAAUAUUAUGA